GGAAGCGGUUGAACUUCCAGCCCUCUGACGCCAGCCCACGUCCACUCGUGUUCGGGAAUUUGGGCAGCGGGGAUGGGAAUGGCUCCACGGGGACGCUCCGGGCUCCCCUGCUUGAUCCUCCCGCCUCCCAAACCCUUAGUUUCUUUUUCGAUUUCAUUUACCGAAAGCCCCUGGCUUUCGGGAAUUCAAAGCUACCAGGCACCGCGAGGACGACUCCAUUCCGCGCAUGCAGGGACGCUGCUCCCGCUCGCGCGUCGCCGUCCCCGGCGCUUUUCGGCCACAUCUCCGCGGCCGAUGACCGCAGCUCGCCGGCAGGUACUGUGAGUGGGCUGCCAGGUUAAAGAAGAAAAUAUUUCCUGGAAACUUUUAAGUGAUCUUACAGUAUUUAAACUCUUCUGAGAAUCUUCUCCACUUUUGGAGAUACACAAAAGCAACUGAAUUGGGUGAGCUGACACUGAAGCGUGGGCUUAAAGUCAUAGUUGGUGCUGUUGAACAGGUUGUCCCACUGCAGUCAGCAGGUGAACGUGAGUAACAUUCUUUGGCUUCUCAUGUUUGUUCUCUUUUCUGUGUUCCCUAAUGACUUCCAGAAUCAUGAAGAAUUUUUUCCUGAAUUAGUGUAGACGGAUCAAGAACUGCUGCCUACAUACUGUUCUGAUUACAUGACACAUUUCUUAAAAUGCCUGUGGCAUUUCAAGCACUAAUUUUCCCAUUUUUGUCUCUGGUUACAGUUAACCAGUGUUAGCAACAGAGAAUUUUCCCUGCUGGGGAACUUUCCAAUAAUGGGGAAGUUUCCUGAAGAAGUGGAGUUACAUGAACAUUUAAGUUCUGCUAAUAAGAAUGCUUGGGCAAGUAGUUCUGUUCUUGUCAUCUCCAUGUGAUUGUGAGGGAACUGUGCAGCCAGCUGCACUGAAGACUGUUUCUUGCUACAAAUACCUUUCUGCCUCUUUAGAACAGUGUUAUCCACAGAUGUCAGAAAUCAGUUGGAGAAGAGAAGGAGCAUUGUGGCAGGUUCUGUAAGAGAAGCAGUGAGAAGGCUCUGGAUUUGGUUUUGCAUCUAGGUCUCAAGCUGCUUCAGCUGAGCCAGCUUGGGCAUGCUUCUGCUCAGGGUGAAGCAGAGCAGUCUGUGAUGGUUACUGCAGUGAGCAUUUUUGAGUGCUUUUGGAUUUGACCUGGACCUACUUUUUUUCCUCACUGAAAGUGGACAAUUGAGUACAGCGGCACAGCAGACUUUCUCAGUCUUGAGGAAUUUUGUUCUACCUACAUGAUGGAAAAGCUUUUGCUUUUGCACAUAUUUCUAUUCUGCUGGCGCUCCCUAAAUGCUUUAUUCACAGUUGAAGCCCCCAAAUCGCUCUAUACUGCGGAACUUGGCAGCAAUGUGACGAUGGAAUGCGUAUUUCCAGUGAACGGGAAACUAAAGUUCAGGGACUUAAGCGUCAUCUGGGAAAAAAAAGAUGAAGUUAGAAAGGAUGUUUACAUACUUCUCAAAGGGAAGGAAGACUCUGGAAGUCAGCACAGUGAUUUUCAGGGACGGAUAAAGCUGUUGAAAGAGAAUCUGGAUUUUGGGCAGUCUCUCCUUCAGAUCAGCAACGUGAAGCUCAGAGACGCGGGGCUUUACCAUUGCCUUAUUGAGUAUGGGGGAGCUGACUACAAGACCAUCAAUCUGAAAGUUCAGGCUCCUUACAGGACUAUAACCCAAGAAGUGGUAAGCACAGGAGACAAAGAGUGGAAGUUAACUUGUCAGUCAGAAGGAUACCCAAAAGCUGAGGUGAUGUGGCAAAAUGGAGAAUGUCAGGAUUUGACUGAUAAGGCAAAUACAAGUUAUGAAACUGGAAGUGAUCAGCUGUAUCGUGUGACGAGUACUCUCACAGUCAAAAACAGAACCUGUGAAAAUUUUCGCUGCAUCUUCUGGAAUAAAGAGAUUCAAGAAAAUACAUCUGCAAAUUUGUACAUACUAGCUAGAGCAAGUAAAGACUGUAGGACACGUAUGGCUAAAUCAUCAAUUCAUAUAACAAAGCUGUCGAAAGAUAAGGGCGCGCAUGACUGCAGAGGUCCUUCUUUUGAAGAUGCGGAGCUGAAAUACAUACAAAUUGAGACAACUUAGAGAAAGCAGGGAAGAUUUUCCAUUGGUGGUGAAGAUUUGGCAGCCCUGAUGUUCUCUGUCUGUUCAGGGAGAUGCUCAUUUUUUGUUUUUAUUCUGUUGUUGCAACCUUCUUCCAUAUUACUGUAAACUGGGAAAAGCUGCAAUCAUCAUAGCAUAAUAGGCCCCUGGAUUCCGGCCUGUUUUUAUACAGCUAAGUACAGAGAGGUUUAUUAAAAUGUCCACAUUUUUGCUUUCUGAAGUUUAUGCACUUUCAAGGACACAUCCUAUUGAAAAUGUAUUGAAGAUAAAGCACUUUAGGUCUAGGACCAUAAAAAACUUCACAGUUUGUGCUUGAACAGUCCAUUUUCUGGAUUUUUUUUCCCACUGAAGCUCUCAGUUCACUGCAGAGAUUUGGUUUUAUAGCUUUGAAGAAUUCUUUCAAUACACAUAGAAGAUAAGAGUGCAAAAAGAAAAGAUGCUAUAUAUACAUGACAUUUUUUGCCUUAAUUGUAGACCUUAAAAUGCAGGCUACCAUCAGCUAUGUUUUAAAAGGAUACUGUAACCCUCUUGAUAACUAUGAGAAAAUUCCUGGAAAUUAUUACAUAAUGCUCAGCUUAUUCAUCUCUUUCUCUGAAAAAAGGCUGUUUUGAGGUUUUAAUUUCCUUGUGAUACAGCUGGCACUACUUGACUAAUAACUGAUUAUUAUUCUUCUGAUUUAACAUUUGGGGAUAAUACAACUCUUUGGACCUUCAAGAAGUACACAUCUCAGGUUGGACUGACCUUUUGUUCAUCCUGGAAAUAGAAAAAGAACUUUCUCAUUGCUAGGACACGAAAUGUAUGUUCUUGUGAUUACUUAAGAAAUGCUGAUGGAACACGCUCCUGGAUGGUAUUUCUUAAUCUAUUGUUGUGCUACAUUUUGCAGGUUCAUAGCUCUUUGGUUGUUUUUGUCUCAGAGAUUGAAAUUAUUUAUUAAAAUUCCAUUCAUAACUAUAUUUUAAAUAAAAAAUGUUUUUGGUUUU